AUGGAAGAAUCUGGCCUGAGUGUCGCCGAUGCUCCGGCUGCAUCUACCUCCGCGGGCUCUUUCAUCCCUCCCAGUAUAGAUACCGCUCGACUGCUAUCUGGAGAGUCCUACGCUUACUAUUCAUCAUUUCCUCCCGCAAGUACAGAAGGGUCUUCGCAGGCCACUGGCGACCAUCACACGACCACAGCGGAUUCUUCCCCGCCAUCCGCAUCCCGGUCAUCAAGUUAUUUUGUACUGGGCGUCGACGAAGCGGGACGUGGUCCAGUUUUGGGUCCCAUGGUAUACAGUGCCUUUUAUAUUCCGCAUACUCUCCAUCACUCCCUCCUGGCUCGCGACUAUAGCUUCAACGAUAGUAAAGUUCUCACUCCCGGUGUGCGCGCUAACUUGAUGCGCCUGCUCUGCACUGCUGGAAAUCCUCUCCAUGCCUCGUGUGGGUGGGCGACCAAAGUCUUAUCUGCGCGGGAUAUCUCGGCAGGCAUGAUGCGGCCUGCAUCUGGUGCGUAUAAUUUGAACGCACAGGCGAUGGAUGCCACGGUUGAAAUAAUACGCGGCAUUGUGGAGGAGCGCAGAGUAGACAUUAGAGAGGUCUACAUUGACACAAUCGGGAAUCCAGCGACCUAUCAACAGAAACUGGAGCGCAUUUUCCCUACAUUGAAGAUUACAGUCGCGAAGAAAGCCGACUCUCUAUACCCUUGCGUAAGCGCUGCGAGUGUGGUCGCCAAAGUCACGAGGGAUGUGGCACUGGAGUUCUGCCAUGAGGCCGUCUACGGACUUCAGCGAUCUGAAGCGCCAUCGCUGGGGGUGACCACAGACAGCUGGGGAAGCGGGUAUCCUUCAGAUUCCAAGUGCGUCAGCUGGCUCAGAAACCAUAUGGACCCCGUUUUUGGAUGGGGCAACGAGUGCCGAUUUAGCUGGGGAACUGCAAAAGAAAUGCUUGAACUCAAGGGUGGAACUAGAGUCGAUUGGCCGGUCGAAGAGGAGGGCACUGCACCGAUCAAGGACUUUCUGCUUACCACCGCAAGAACUGCAAAGAGAACUGAGCAGGAUGAGUUGCGGGAAUGGUUUGGUCGCCGAUCAAUGGAGGUGCUUUGA